AUGCCGUCGACGAAAAAAUCAGUUGUCUCCCGCUCGUCGGCUGGGCAGGCCGUCUUCGAUACCAUCGCCCGCGAAAAAAGAUUUCGCAAUCCACCUGCUGAUAAGACAGCCUUUCCAGCAUUGAAUGAAGCUGUACGACCACAUGUUGAUUCGUGGAAUGCAGUGUUUAGAGAGGGAGGAUGCCUGCACCAGGCGAUUGCAGACAUCGGCGAGAGGACGGUGUUCGACCGAUUGGAUGGGAAUGCUGAGACUGGCUACGGGAAUAAGCUAACAGUGCGAAUUGCAAACUACUACCUGGGCAAGUCGAUGUUAAGCUCUAGGGACAAGACGGCGAUGAAGCGAGAGAUAUACCCAGCUGAGUGCAGAGAACGUCAUUCGUCCUAUCGCGGCCAACUCCAACUCGAACUUCAGUACAAAGUCAACAACGGCGAUUGGCAGAAGGAGUACCGAGACUGUGGUCUCCUCCCACUCAUGGUCAUGGGUAACCGUUGCCAUCUCGAAUCUAUGUCUCCCAGAUCUCUUGUCGACCAUAAAGAAGAGUCCGAAGAAAUCGGCGGCUACUUCAUCGUUAGCGGGAACGAGAAGCUUGUUCGUAUGCUCAUCGUCAAUAGAAGAAACUACGCCAUGGCAGUUAUCAGAUCAUCGUAUGCGAAACGUGGACCUUCUUAUACGAACAUGGGUGUGCAAAUCAGAUGUGUGCGACCUGACCAGAGUUGUAUGACGAACGUCAUACACUAUCUGAGCGACGGAAACAUCACAUUCAGGUUUUCGUGGAGAAAGAGGGAGUACCUUGUCCCCGUCAUGAUGAUACUCAAGGCGCUAGUUGAUACCAAUGAUCGAGAAAUAUACGAAGGAAUUGUUGGACUGGAUCAGAGAGAGGAUACGUUCCUUACGGAUCGUGUUGAGUUGCUACUCCGGACAUACAAGGCAUACAACCUCUACUCGCGGCACGAGACACUAGCGUACUUGGGUGACAAGUUCCGGAUAGUGAUGCAAGUUAGCCCCGAUGUAUCAGAUGUAGAAGUUGGAAAAUUGUUUUUGAAGAGGAUUGUACUAGUCUACCUGAACGACGACGGAGACAAGCAGAGACAGCUCCUAUUCAUGAUAAAGAAGCUAUACUCGUUGGUUGCAGGAACGUGUGCAGCCGACAACGUCGACGCGGCACAACAUCAUGAGGUUCUCCUCGGCGGGUUCCUCUACGGGCAGAUCUUGAAGGAGAAAUUCGAAGAAUAUCUGCUAAAUAUCAGAUCACAAGUGCGCUCGGACCUAAUGGGAGGAGCCAAAGUCGAAUUCGGUUCGCCACAGUAUAUUCGCAAGAUGCUGGGAAAGGUCAAUGAGAGGAUAGGAGAGUCACUGCAUUACUUCCUAAGUACGGGAAACUUGUCAAGUCCUAGUGGUCUAGAUCUACAACAAACAACAGGUUUCACGGUUGUGGCUGAGAAGUUGAACUUUUAUCGAUACAUCAGUCAUUUCAGAAUGGUACAUAGAGGUAGUUUCUUCGCACAACUUAAGACUACGACGGUCAGAAAGUUGCUACCGGAAAGUUGGGGUUUCCUAUGCCCCGUCCACACGCCCGAUGGUUCUCCCUGUGGUCUUUUAAAUCAUUUGGCACAUAAGUGCCGGAUUGCCACCAUAACUUCAGACACCUCUCAGGUUGGACCUUUGGUCCUAACACUAGGAGUUCACUCUGCAAAGGUCCUACCGGUCCCUACUGAUGCUACGCUCUCCGUUCAGCUGGACGGCAGGAUCCUUGGGUGGUGUUCACCACGAGAUGCUCGUCGGGUUGCAGAAUCUCUUCGCUUUUACAAAGUUUCUGGCACACAUAAUGUCCCCCUCGACCUCGAAAUUGGAUAUGUCCCUACCUCCAAUGGAGGUCAAUACCCUGGCGUUUAUCUCUUCUCGCAAGAGGCCCGAAUGAUCCGUCCUGUAAAAUAUCUUCCACUCGACAAGGAGGAUUUCGUUGGUCCUUUCGAACAGCCUUUCCUCAACAUCGCAGUGACAGAUCCAGAAAUCAAAUCCGGCGACUCUCACGUCGAAUUCGAUCCCACAAAUAUCUUGUCCAUCGUGGCGAACAUGACACCCUUCUCAGACUUCAACCAGAGUCCUAGAAACAUGUACCAGUGUCAGAUGGGUAAACAAACUAUGGGUACACCUGGGACAGCGAUACGACAUAGAACGGAUAACAAGAUGUACAGACUCCAGACGGGUCAGUCUCCUGUUGUUCGCGCUCCUCUAUAUAACACUUAUGGCCUCGACAAUUUCCCCAACGGCAUGAAUGCUGUGGUGGCUGUCAUUGCGUACACUGGCUACGACAUGGACGACGCUAUGAUUAUCAACAAAUCUGCACACGAACGAGGUUUCGGAUAUGGAACUGUGUAUAAGACCGAAAAGUACGACUUAGCCGAGAAGUCAAAGUCAAAGAGCCCGGUAUUGGCGUUCGGAUGGGGAUGGGCUGCUAUUGGCGCCGAUGCAGCUGCAUUGGCGAAAUACAAAGCUAUGAAGGACAAGUAUAGCGAGACAUUGGACGAUAUGGACGGUCUCCCGAUGGUCGGGCAAAAAAUAGUAGAAGGACAACCGGUAGCCGUGUAUCACAACAUGGGUACCGGAGAAACCUUUUUCUUCAAGUAUAAGGGAUCUGAAGAUGCCUAUAUUGAAGAAGUCAGGUUACUUGGGAACGAUGUCGGAGAUAGCAUUUGCCAGGCGAUCAGCGUCAAAUUCCGAAUUACCAGAUCACCACUCAUCGGUGACAAGUUCUCGUCCCGUCACGGACAGAAAGGUGUUUGUUCGCAGAAAUGGCCAGCGGUGGACAUGCCCUUCUCGGAGUCCGGGAUCCAGCCGGAUGUCAUUAUCAACCCUCACGCCUUCCCAUCUCGUAUGACAAUCGGUAUGUUUGUAGAGAGUAUGGCGGGAAAAGCCGGUACGCUACAUGGAUUUGCACAAGACUCGACACCGUUUAAGUUUGGAGAACAACAUACGGCGUUUGAUUACUUUGGCGAGCAACUCAAGUCGGCUGGGUACAAUUACUACGGGAACGAACCGAUGUACAGUGGCAUUACGGGACAAGAGUUUCAUGCGGAUAUUUAUUUGGGAGUUGUAUAUUACCAGAGAUUGAGGCACAUGGUCAACGACAAGUAUCAGGUGAGAAGUACAGGUCCUGUAGACUCGAGGACCAGGCAACCUGUGAAAGGUAGGAAGAGGAUGGGUGGUUUGAGAAUCGGAGAGAUGGAGAGAGAUUCUUUGCUUGCCCACGGAACUGCAUUUUUGGUCCAGGAUCGACUGUUGAACUGUAGUGAUUACCAUCAGACGUGGGUUUGUAGGGGAUGUGGUAGCUUUUUGAGCACGACACCGACGGCGGCAGGAGAGCGGAGGGCAGAGGUUAGGUGUAGGAGGUGUGCCAACAAAGCGACGGAGUUUGAUAUCGGAAAGAAGGGGUACUGGGAGGAUGGCCUGGGAAAUAGGUUUAUUGGUGGUGAGGAUACUACAGUGGUUGUUAUUCCUUAUGUUUUGAAAUACUUGGACGUUGAGCUUCUGGCCAUGGGAAUCCAGAUGAAAUACGAUGUGUCACCGUAG